UGGCAGUGGUUCCUGUGCUGAACUGCUGUCAAUAUAUUGUUUUUCGCAAAGCUGAUGGCCUACAACUCACAAUAUAGAGAAGCCUCAGUUUUAAAAGAUCGAGACUCUUGUUGCCAGCAGUCCAGCACAUGAACUACAUUUUGCUGAACUGCUGCCCCGAGUAACGUUUUGGGAUCUAUUUCUUGGCUGAUUAAGAAGGUUGGAAAAAGGAGGACACGAUACAAAGUGUUUUGACGAGAGGCUCAUGGGCUUGGGGCUCAGCUGAAUGUAAAGAUCAGCUCCCCCAACUAGACGGCUGAGAUAAUAGCCCAUAUCACACUGACACCAAAUCUGCGCGGCCGCUGAAUUGAGGAACAAUUCAGGAACAACUUCGAUUUAGACACUCUCGGGAGAUCUAUUUUAAAAGGAAUGGCCCAACCGCCUGAAGUGGGCUAUGAAAGGAACAUCUUCAUCGACCAUGUAGACGAGAAGUUCCUUUGUGCUGAGUGCAGCCUGGUCCUACGACUACCAAGACAAAGCCAAUGUGGACAUCGCUUUUGUCUCAACUGUGCCACUCGAGCUUCUGGAAACACCUGUAAGGCAUGUCGUGCAGAAGGAGCUGUUGCCGAAUACAGUUCAAUAAAUCCGUCGCAGAUGUUCCCUGAUCGAGCAGUUGAAAAAGAAAUACAACAAAAGAAAGUGAAAUGUCCCAACCAAGGCUGCAUAUUUCAGGGUAUCUGCAGGGGAUAUGACGAACAUGAACAACAGUGUCGCUUCAAACCUGCAAUCUGCCGUCGUUGUGAAAACUCUGUUCCCGAAUCGAUGCUAGAGGAACACAUGAAAACAGAUUGCCCUGAACGCAUUAUCAAGUGCCGCUUCUGUCAACAGAGUUUCAGGAAUAUAGACAAAGAACAACACAACUACAGUUGUCCCAAGUUUCCCUUACGCUGUGGGGGCUGUGAAAAGACCAAGAUCCCCCGUGACGUUAUGAAUGAUCAUAUUUUGUCGUGUGAGACCGCAUGUCCCUACCAAUGUCUUGGAUGUGCCCCUGUUCCAGUGCGAGACCUUCCAGGUCAUUUCAAGGAGCAUUCUCAAAAUCAUCAACUCCUGUUGAUCAAAGGUGUCCUGGGGAAAGACAACAAGCUCGCACAGGAAGUUGAUAACUAUCUGAAGUCAAGUGUUGGCGGAUUGGAAGGGCGGCUUCGCGUUGUCGAGCAGGGUGGUGCGUCUGCAGGUCCACUUUCUGCCAGAAAUGAAGAGUGUUAUCAGCAACUGGUUGUUCACACAGAGGUCAUAAAGGUGCUGAAGAAUGAGAUCAGUACCCUCCACCAAGCAUGCAACACAGUUGCCGAAGGCGCCCAGGCACAGCAGUCCAGGAUCGUUGAGUUGGAGAACAAGGUCAGGCAGCUAGAGCGCACGCUGUCCCUGAAGGAUGUCGGCCUUGCAGAGCAGGAUCUGCGCAUACGCUCCCUGGAGUUGACCAGUUAUGAGGGCACCUUGCUCUGGAAGAUCACUGACUUCAAGAAGAAACGUGACGAGGCCAUCGCUGGACGCACCAUCAGCGUGUACUCGCCUGCCUUCUACACAUCACGCACAGGGUACAAGAUGUGCGGCAGGAUCUACCUGAAUGGCGAUGGUAUGGGCAAGGGGUCCCACAUCUCCCUGUUCUUCGUCAUUAUGCGGGGUCACUAUGACAACAUCCAGAAGUGGCCGUUCAGGCAGAAGGUCACUUUCAUGCUGUUGGAUCAGAACCAACAUGAGCAUGUGAUAGAUGCGUUCAGGCCUGACCCUAACAGCACAUCUUUCAAGUGCCCAACAUCAGAGAUGAACAUCGCAAGCGGAUGCCCUCUGUUUGUACCGUUGACGCACUUGGAAAAUGCGAGCAGCGCAUAUGUCAAAGAUGACACAAUUUUUAUCAAAAUCAUUGUCGACUGUAGUGAUUUGAAUUAACUCUGCCAAAGCUGGUCCGAAGCCCAGUUCUUACAAUAAAAUGAGGACGGAUUCACACCGUGGGUCUAGGACUAGUUGAUGGUAUAAGUUAUGUCUAACAUUGGUCAUUCAAAGUCAUUAGCGUAGGCUGUAAUAUAUGCUAAGUAUAAAUAUCCAUAUUUGAAUCCAAUAUUAUUGCAUAUGAGAUGUGUUAGUCAUCCGUGACCAAACUGUAUACGUAUAACCUUGAUAAAAUUUGUCUAAUUUGCGUGACCAGGAGUAGGUCUAUCGGUUGCAGUAACUAUAAUACAAGUCCAUUCAUCUGGAAUAUAUUCAGUGAAGGGGUUGUCUGUAAAUUGAAUACAGGUAGUAGGGGGUCUUUUGAAAAGAUGAUUAAAACAUUUUUAUUUUGAACAAUUUUUUUUGAAAUUGUUUCUUAAUAUGAAAAAGAGGUGAGACGUUCAGGUAACAAUUUAUAAGAGUAAAUUGGUUUCAAUGGAUGUCAACUGGUUGUUGUGUUUUAUCAUACAGAGUGACAUCAUCAACUGUGACAUUGUAAAAAUACACCAGUAUCCAGUGGUGAUCGUUUUGUGCACAGAAUACCAUAAUAUAUUUAUGGGGAAAAAGUAAACAAAUAUAUAAAGAAAUUUAAAAAAGUAAAAAAAUGACAUGAAAAAAACAAAAAAAGUAAAAAAUAUUUUUUAAAACUAGCAAAAAAAACCCAUUCAAACAAUCAGGUAGUAAAAUGAACAUUAAAAAAGUAAAAAUUCAGAUGCAAAAAAACUAAUAUAAAAAAAUAACAAUAUCUUGAAAUAUAUAAAAAAAUUCAAAAAAUGACAUGAAAAAAACAAAAAAAGUAAAAAAUAUUUUUUAAAACUAGCAAAAAAACCCAUUCAUACAUGUAGUAAAAUGAACAUUAAAAAAGUAAAAAUUCAGAUGCAAAAAAACCAAUAUAAAAAAAAAACAAAAAAAACAAUAUCUUGAAAACAUGUUUCAGUAGUUAUAUCAUUGACAUCCUGUUGUAGAUGGCAACAUGUAUGCAUGUACAGUACUCGUCAUCAUUAGGCUUCGUCGUCUAGGAUUUGUCUUGUCUAGGAUAUGUCUUUGGAUGAUAAAAUAAUAAAAGUCUUGAGCAACUUGCUGUUCAACGGCACUAUUAUUCGUGUUUAUAGUGUGACUGUGAUCAAUGUUAGACAUAAUGUGUUAAUUCAAUGGGGUUAGCCCAUGCUUGCUACAGUUGAUUUUUGAUGCGUUGCAAGGAAUAGUUGACUUUCUUUUUGAAGGCAUGUAAACUCUUCACUGUUAAUUCAUCUGCUUACCGCUAGAUGAGUUAAUCACGUGAUAUUUUCAGAAAGAACAGUACAAUAAACAUGUAAUUGUAACACUAAAUGUAGCUGAACAAACUUACAUUCAUAAAUUACUUUGUGGACUUUUACUGCAUACAUCAAACUGGGUUUUGUCUUAUUAAUUUGGAUACAAGUAGAACGAAUGUGUGGGACUUACCAAGGUCGAGUAAUGAAUUUUCACUGAAAUUUGUUUCGAAUGUAAAGCUCCAUUUGCCUAUGCGCAGAGAUGUGUACUGAAGUUGUGUACUGAGGUACUACAUUGUCCCACAAACUUCUUUCUAAUAGUCCUUUGUUUUUUCUCUAGAUAUCUGAGAUACCUAGAGGGUGCAGAGUGUUCUUUGAUGUAUCUAUAGUCGUACUUUCACCUAUCAAAUCCCCGUGUCUUUUGCGCUUACACCUAUGAAUUGCUGUGUCUAAAUAGACCCGUGUGUCAAAUCCCCGUGUCUAUUAGCCCCAUUGAGCUCGAUGGGGCUAAUCGGGGGCUAAUUUAGACCCGUGUUCAACACGGGUUUUUUUAGGGAGCACCCUCCCUACAGCGCACCUGUCCCCGGGGUUAUUAACCAUUAUCUAACACAACUGAUAGGUGUAAGUGCGCCACGGGUUUUUUGACACACGGCGAAGACACAGGUCUUGAAAAAACACGGGGUUUUAUGAUAGGUGGAACUACGACUUAUGUUAAUAGAUGGAUCAAUGAAUACUCAGUCUUAAAGGAGGUUCUCACAGGUUAUUGAUGAGGUGAGAAUGCUAUGAACAUCACUUAUUGAUGCAGACACGCCUAAGGAUGUUUGCUUUUUAUUCAUUUAGUCUCUCUGUAUCUUAUGAUUGUUUUUUUGUGCUUCUAUGAAUAAAAUUUUUGUUACAAUAA